GAGCAUCAGAGGAGGAGGUGGUGAGGUGCUGCAGCUGCUCUCCAGCACUUGCCACGAGUGUCUUGUGAAAGCGAAAGGAUAAGUGCUAAAAAAAAAGAUAAAACAUAUGCAACGAAUUUCGAUGUUCAAGGAAUUUUAAUCAGUGAUGAUAAUGAGAGGUUAUAUAUAUUAUAAUCAGUAUUAUGAUUAGUUUUGAUUCAUGUUAUUUUAACUCUGAUACGAUUUAAUAAAUGUUGGCAUCGAUAAGUAAGAGCCCAGUGACGCGGUGACCAACUAGUCAUAAGUGUGAGAAAUUACCCUAAGUUAAUAGGUGCCUUGAGAACCCCACCCACACCUUAGCCAUGGGCGUGAGGAGUGAGUGGGUGUGUUGGAUGACUUUACUAGUGAUGGUGACGGGUGUGCCAGUGUCGUGGGCGAUCAGACGGAGAUCAGCUGCACCUGACCCCACGCCCGUACCUGACCCCAACUUGGCAGCACUGGGCGGACUGGGCGGCCUCACUGGACUAACAGGAGGCGGCGGCACCGGUGGUGCAGGAGGUUCAUGCAGCAACCAAGAUUUCCUGACCAACUUGCUGGUGUAUCAGUACCUGUCAGGCAGCAUCCCUGGAGGCCAGGCAGGCGCACAUCCUCAGCUUGCUGCACUACUCGGCUCUCAGGGUCCAGCAACGACGACGGUGACUCGGGUGUCGAAGACCGUGACAACUCUGAGUGUAGACGUCCCUCCCACCACACAGUUCACCACCUCCACUACCUCCUACGUCACCACCAUCACCUCCGUCGAGUCCAAAGUGAUCCCCGUUAUUUUCCGCGGCUCCAAGAUCACCACCACCAUCACUGAGACUAACGAGGAGGUGAUCACAGCAACGGAGUACUUCACAGAGUCAUCGGUGUUGCAGCCGUCCAUUGUGCAGACACUACCAGUGCACAUCACGCUGACAGAGACCAAGACACGAGGACUGAACGGUCACUACACUGUGUUCGACGUGACGGUCGGUGCUACAUCCGUCGGCCACGAACCCAUUACUACCGCCACUGUUGAUCUGGAUUCCCCUGGCUUAGAUCUGGCCAACCUGGACCUAUCGCAGUUAGAUCUGACAAGUAUUGCUGCAAGUUUGCAAAAUUCUGAUGGUGAAAAUAGCCAAAUGUUAUCGGUACUCUCCUCGCUCCUUCAGAAUUAUGAUGAGCAGGCAUCGGAUGACCCCUUUGCUCCAUUCUCCUCUACCUCCAGCGGUUCCAGCAACAAUAGCGGUGGUAACAAACAAAGAGAAUUCAGAGGACCUCCACCUAGGAACAGAAAUUUCGGGGGCACUAGAUUCAGUGACAGUCAGGAUUAUGCGGACUAUGAAGAACCAGUAGAGGAGACUCCAAAGUUCAAUGUGUUGCGUGGAUUUACGUUAAGUGACCGAGUGGCCAGCGUGACUUCUGGCUCACCAUCGACAGGCAGGGCGGCGACAGACACUCGCUACAGUAAAUUCCAGAGGAAGGAUAGAGUUGAAAACAACGGAAUAAGUACUACAGAGUCAAGUCCUAGAGAAAGCGAGAGAUUCUCCGCCUCAACCCGUCGACGCUCCUUCACUAGGACUGAUGAUCGACGGAGAGCUACCAAGGGCAGCAAUGGUCGAGCUCCCAGUACGCGUUUUGUUCCGGCUGUUGAAUCUCAGUAUUUUGAAGAGGAGACAACUUCUUUUCGUCCUUUUGGCCAAAGACGUGACCGUGAAAUAUCAACACGCCGCCGUGGAAGCCUGGAAGAGCGUGGAUCGUCAUCACCUCUUCGUUCUAGGAAUAUGCCGCGUCCCCGUGUGACUACAAAAUCGAUAGCACCUAUUGGUGGUUCCCGCCAGGAAGACCGAUCUAAAACCACACCGCAAACCGCCGAGGCCCCAGAACCUACGCCUGCAUCGGGUCUGAGUACUGUGUUAACAAUGUACAUUAGCGGAUCAGAACCUGGGGAAUUCCAUACAAGAGUUAAGACAAUCUAUCUUAGGUCCCUCGGCUCUUCUAGAAAGAGAAGAGAGGUAGAUGAACACUCUGUGACCAAAGUUUCCUCAUCUACCACCUCCACUGUCACAUCUGACACCACCAUGAUUCCUGAGAUCCCUUCAGCAGCAGAUCCGCAAAAGAUUGUUCAGCUCCUGAAGACUUUAAAUCCUAAGAAGGUGCGAGAUAUGCUUCACUCUUUGCAGAAAUGGAUUGAUUUUUACAGUCAAGAAGUACUGGAUGAGACUGACAACAGAAUAUUACCCGAGCUCACCUCUUCCCUCAGUAUAGAGAGCUCAGAUGUUGAAAGCAGUGCCACCACUGUCUUACCACGGCCUCCGUCAGUCAUCACAGGGGCUCCACGAGCAACAGAUUUAUGCCCCGCUCCACCUACAUUUACGACAACAGUGUACCGCACUGUAAUGGUCACUUCGGGAGUAGAUUUAGGUGUUUCCACAGUAUAAUGUUUAGAAAAUUCUUCCCCCACUCCCUCCCUGGCAGGAACGGUGCCCCUCUCUGCGUGGAGCUGCCGCAGUGGGCGACUGCCGCCUGACAGGCAGGCAGCACCUCAGUAGCCUUGUGGUAUUUAUGAGUGAUUGACUAAGCUGUACAUAACUGCCUGUGUGUUCUUAGGCUGUAUAUAUUUGUAUUAAAGUUGUAUGUAUGCGUAUGUGAGGGACCCACCCAGCUCAAAUAAUCCAAAUGCCUCAAGGACGUCGAGGACCAUGUGGGAGUGCUUUGGAGACCUGCAGAUCUCUUGUGGCAAUAAUGUUGAUGUCUCAAGCGAGAUCCACUCAAGUAACUGACGUUAACGCUGAAGAUCUGAGAAAAUAAUUGUGAAAUAAAGGAAAUAUACUGGAAGUUCAGAAAACAAGCGUAUAAUUAAUUUUAAUGAAAAAAGUGCAAUUUGUCUGAAAACGAUUUAAUCCUCUCUAAUACAACCUUGCUCCACACAACAACAUUCAUGAGCUUACAUUUGUUUAUAUAUCUUGCAAGUCUUCAAAGCACCCUUCAAGUGUCAUUGUAUAGAGUGCUUCCGACUAGAAAAUUGUUGGAAGAUAUUUAGCUUAUGGUAUGUAUCAUAUCAUCGUUUGCAGUUACGUGAAAUUAAUCUACGUAUGUUUAAUUAAUAUGUAUAAUUACUGAAAGAAUCGUGUUUUAAUCAUUGACUAUGAAGAUAAUCAAUGGGU